GCUCCUCCCCACCAUGGCCAAAGCCCUCCUAAAACUCCUCUUCUCCACCUUUAUUCUCCUCUCCGUCAUGCUCUCCUCUGCCACAUCCCCCACUGGAGAACCUGAUGUUAUUCACCACUUCUCCAGACAAAUUUCAUCUGAAACAUUAGGCCUUAAGCAAGAAAAACUCAUCCACCUUCACUUUUACUUCCACGACAUCGUCAGCGGCCGUAACCCCACCGCAGUCGAAGUUGCUAGGGCCGCCAUGACAAACACAUCCGCUCCUCAUUUUGGUCAAAUCUUUAUGAUGGACGACCCUCUGACUCUUGGCCCCAACAUAACUUCCAAACUUGUGGGAAGAGCACAAGGAAUCUACGCCUCCGCGUCACAAAGCGAAUGGGCAUUUUUAAUGGUGCUCAAUUUCGCGUUCACGGAAGGAAGGUAUAAUGGAAGCAACCUUAGCAUCUUGGGGCGGAACGCAAUACUCUCCGACGUUAGAGAGAUGCCAAUUGUUGGUGGCAGCGGGGUUUUCCGGUUUGCACAUGGCUAUGCUCAGGCGAGGACUCACACGUUUGGCUUGAGAACUUUAGAUGCUGUUGUGGAGUAUAAUGUGUAUGUGCUCCACCAUUGAGGGAAAAUUAAUAGAUUGACCCAGGAGUUUUGUAAUAAUGUAUUUAGAUUUUAGAAGUGUGGAGAAAUUUGUACCUUUCUGCCUCCGACCCAACAUCCAACACAAGACUCCGUAAUCAAUGGGCAAUAAAAGCAGCCCUCACUA